AUGCAGGUUUCGCGCUGCCCGCUGUGCGCGGGGCGCCAGGCGGGCAAGCGCGGCGGGAGAGCGGGGCGGGCGCGGGCCGCGACCCGGCCGCCGGUCAGACCGAGCCAGGAGAGCCCGAAGGCUGCGUACCUGUCGGAUGCGAAGACGUCGAGGUUCCUCGAAUGGUGCGCAGCGGCAGGGAUCAAGGCCCCUGCCGUCGCGCCGGCGAACUUCGCGGGCUUGAGAGGCCUCGGGGUGAAGGAUCCCGUCACAGACGGCGUAGACAUCGUGACGGUGCCGUUCCAGAGCGCCCUGACCGUCGUUCCCUUCGCGAAAUGCCCGGUGCCUGAUCUGCCCAAGGACGUCUGGAAAGCCCUGAGUCCUGAAGGCAAGAUGGCGGUGGUGCUGUUGCACGAGAAGCGGCGCGGGGCGGAGUCGCGGCUCCACGCGUACAUCGAGAACCUCCCCGAGACGUACGACUCCACCGCGACCUGGUCCGAGCAGGACCUCAAGCGCCUCCAGUGCCCCUACCUGGUCGCGGAGAGUCGCAAGAUGGCGACAAGUUGGAAGAAGAUGUUCGACGACCUGUCGCCGCACGGCGCGGCGGCGUCGCUGUCGGAGGUGCAGUGGGCCAUGCAGGCAGUGCAGUCGCGGCUGUUCAGCGGGCCGUACAGCGGGCGCUCGCUGCAGGAGCGGGCCCAGCUCGCGGGCGUGCUGAGCUUCCUCGCCCUGGGCGCCGUGCUGGCCGGCGUGGGGCUGCAGGAGGCCCUGAACGGCUUCCUUUCUGCUCUUGUGUUCAACUUGAUUUACGAUUACUCGCUCUCGUCGCGCCUCAAGUGGUACGCGAUGUGCCCGAUGAUCGACCUGGCGAACCACGUGACGGGCGCGCAGUCGGACGUCGCGUACCAGUACUUCACCGACUCGUUCACCCUCGAAGUGGGCGACGUCCCGCCGCCGGGACAGCAACUCAUGAUCUCCUACGGCGAGAAGACGAACGACCAGCUGAUGCUCUUCUACGGCUUCCUCGAGGAGGGCAACCCCGCGGACCUGUACACGAUGACGUCGCUCGCCGACCGCCUCGCCGCCCAGGGGCACGCCGCCACCCCGGCCCGCAUGCAAGCCAUCGAGCAAGCCGGCCUGGCCGACGCGGCCGCCCGCGCGGAGAUCGCACGCAGCGGCUUCCAGCGGCCGGCGCUGCAGGUCGCGCGCAUCCUCACGUGCGACGAGGCGCGGCUUGCGUCAGAGGGCGCGGAGGCAGUUGUGCAGAAGGGGAGCAGGGAGCAGGAGCGCGUGCUGGGGGAGGCGCUGGUCGGGGCGGUGCGCGCGGAGCUGGAGGCGAUGGGCACGACGCUGGAGGAGGACGACGCGUUGCUGCGGGGGGUGUCGGACAGCGAGGCGCUGCAAGACCGGGCGGUGCUCGCGGUGCGGGCGCGGCGGGAGAAGAAGGCGCUGCUGAGGGACGCGGCGGCGGCGAUGGAGAAGCGGAUGGUGCGGUGA